CACAGAUGUGUGUAUGCGUAUGCACAUCUGUGGAUUUAUACGCACUGGUAUGUUUUUUGCUGUACAGGUAAUAAAGACGGGGAAAGGUUUUUGUGUUUUCUUAAUAGGUGAAGAAAUCUUGAAGACCAGAGAUUGGAACAUACUGAAUUUUAAAUUAAAAAAAAAAAAAAAAAAAGAAAAAAAAGUUAAAUUGUCCGGCUGUGGAAGAUGGAGCCUCAUUUUUGCAGCCACUUUGAAUCACGAGUUCAUCUCUAAAUGCGCUGGGUUUUUUGUUUUUGUUUUGUUUUGUUUUGUUGGUUUUUAUUUUUUUGAAGAGCUAACUAACCCUGGCUGCCUCCAGUCUGAGAGAGCGUUCAAAUGGACUUGCUUCCUCUAUUAGUUAUAAGCUGUUUAAAAGCGCAUCCUAUGUUUGAAUUGUGGAUGAGAAGUUCCCUUGGCAAAGUGAGGAGGAAAAUUCUUCCUACCCCUUUAUUAUUAAUUCACGGAUUCAGUCUUGGUUUGGCCUACAGGAGAAGUUAACUGGAAGUCUUUGAAGAUCGAUAACUUUGCUGAGGUUGUCCAGGGUUACUUUUAAAAAGAAGAUUUCACUGAUCACAAGCCAGUAGAAGACUUUCAGCCCAAGCAAGGGUGAAGACAGCUCUCUCCAAGAGCAGAGGAAGUCCCUGUGGAGAGAACCCGAGCUUGUUACCAGAACUCGUCGGCAUGUCUAAACAAGGAGACGAUUGCUACUUCUAUUUCUAUUCUACCUGUACCAAGGGAGACAAAUGUGCCUACCGCCACUGCAAAGCUGCUCUGGGCAAUGAGACGGUCUGCAAGCUGUGGCAGGAGGGUCGUUGUUUCAGGAAUGUCUGCCGAUUCAAACACAUGGAAAUUGACAAAAAGCGCAGUGAGAUUCCUUGCUACUGGAAGAACCAGCCGGGAGGCUGUCAGAAAGCCAACUGUGCUUUUCAUCAUGCAAAGGGACGUUACAUCGAUGGACAAUUCUUACCACCAAGCAAGACUACACUGCCAAGUCCGCCUGAGUCUGCGGACGAUGAUUUGAAAGUGGCUCAGAUGUCACUGCAGCAAAACAAACUUUCUGUCCAGUCAAAUCCCUCUCCACAGCUAAGGGUGAUGAAAGUGGAAAACUCUGAAAAUGUCCCAAGCCCUACACACCCUCCAGUUGUAAUCAAUGCUGCAGAUGAUGAUGAAGAUGAUGAUGACCAACUUUCUGAGGAAGGAGAAGAAACUAAAACUCCCGUCCAGCAACCAGCUGCGGAAGGCAAAAAUGGAUUACGGGUGAUUUCCACUCGGAAAGGCAGUUCUCCUACUACUAAACAAGAGGGCAAUCUGAAUUUUGGAAUAAAAACACUUGAGGAAAUCAAAUCGCAGAAGAUGAAGGAAAAAAAUAAGAGACACGGUGAAGGUUCUUCAAGAUCUUCUCUUCGUCCCGUUGAUUCUAUGAUUUUUCCUGCUCCAGAAAAGGAAAAUGUCUGGACAGUGGUGAGAACUGUGACACUGUCUUCCAAGAAAGGGGAUGAACCUGUGGUUCGACCAGAUCUUGCUGAUAGACAAGGAAAACGGAAAACCUCCGUGGAUGAUGUAAGUACCCUUCUAGUGAAGCGCAGCCUUGCUGAAAGGCUGGGGAAGAAGGUAGAGGCUCCGGGAAAUGCUGACAAAGCACCCAAGAGAGAUACAGGGAAGGCUGCUAAGCCGAUGGGAGAGAUCCAUGUGAAAACACUGGAGGAAAUCCGUCGUGAGAAAGCUCUUCAGAGACGCGAAACUCAAGCCAAAGCCAAGGCUGAAGGGCAUGGUAAAACUGAAGAUUCCAGCGCAGGGGCAAGACCUGCUCAUGCAGGUCGCAUCAAAACUUUCUCUGAAGCCUUGUCUGAAAAAAAGAAUAAUCGCUUGGUAGAAGAGAAGAAAAAAGCAGGAGAAUCCCAUACCAAGAGCAAAAUUCAGGGUGAGUCCAAGAAGGAGCUCCCUCUGUCCGGGCCCAGCAAAGGGCAGGCGAAGGAGCCGGCAGGAAAAGUCAAGCCAGAAGGAGAAGUGCGUGUUAAAACCUUGGAAGAAAUAAAGCGUGAGAAAGCUCUGCGGAUGCAGCAGAGUGAAGGAAAUGUGCCAGCUCCCUCAGCACAACCCGGACCUGCCCCAGCAGAGCAGAAAUCUUUAUGGAGCACAAAACUAACAGCACCUGAAAAAGAAGAAAAGAAGGCAGUGGAAUUGAACCGGCCUUUUCCUAAACUUUCCUCUGUACCUGAUGCACAGCCCACUCAGCAGAGUGGAACUCGUAAAUGUCCAGAGAAGAGCUUUGAAGAGAGAUGGUGGGAGAAGUGGCAACAGAGAGAACAAGAGAAGCUUCAGAAGGAGGAAGCUGCUGUCAAAUCUACUGCUGGCUUCUUUAAUACUGAACCAGCAGGGAAAGUGGCAGCUCAAUUUCAGAGUCAGGAAGCUAAAACCAAUUUUAUGACAUCUGCGAAGCCUUCGGGUGGGAAAGUCACUUUCCCCAAGAAGAAGGCACUGAAACGUAAGGCACCUGGGAGUUAUCCCUCUGCCAUAGCAGCUGUGGAACUACGGACUGCCUUUGAUGCAGACAUGAUGGGAUCUCCAGCCACAAAAGCAGCCAUGGGUGUUUCAGACGUGCCGGAGCACGUCCCAGCCAUCAGACUUGAAGAAAAUCCCCAAAACAGACCUGAAGUGCAUCUUGGAAGGCCGGAAAGAUUUGAGGAGCAGAUGGAGAUUGAUCUCGAGACCUCGACCUCAGCUUCUUCCCAGCUAGAAGAGGCACGGACACGCCGGCUGAGUUCCACAGGGAACGCGCACUUAUCUGCGGAUGAAGAUUUUGAGAAGCUACUUUGGGAAAUCUCAGGAGGCAGACUGGAAGCCGAAAUCGACUUAGACCCAGGGAAGGACGAGGAUGACCUCCUCCUUGAACUCUCUGAGAUGAUUGACAGUUGA